AUGCGCCGACGCUACAUAUUCUUCACGUUGAUAAGCGUAGGUGAUAUUCUGGAUGGCACAUAUCUGAUCUAUCCUAGUAUCAUGAGACUAUCACAGAUGGCUGCAGGAACAUUUAUUGGCGGCACUUCUAUAUGGGGUUGCGCGAGCAGAGGCUACAUGGUGUUCCGAAUCUAUGGCACUGAACUCGUUUCAGUUGCAAUGUUCACGAUGGCUGCUGAAAAAGUAUUCGCCGUUUUAUUCACCGUGACUUACCGACGCUAUGCAACAAAUGAGACUCGUUUUGUUGCUGCAGCCGUCUGCUUAGCUGUUUGCCUCGUAUCAUUAAUUGUCAUGUUCCUAACAUCGUACUUCGCUCCACGAACAAUAGUGCAGGAAGACAUAUAUUGUGGCAUAUCGGGAAGUUGUUCAACACCGCUCGAAGGAUUCGCCACGUUUCAUCAGUUCUUCAAUUUGACUUGCCAGAUCGGCGCAUUUGUUGGUUCGGCGUUCGCUUUUCUCGUGGCUAGAAAGAUCACAAAGCGAGCAAACGCUAAAGAAAUCAACUCGAUUAGACCGAUCCUCGUCGUCAGUUUCGUCUCAUGCAUCGUCAUCUCUUCAAAUAACAUAGUAAGUUGUUAA